AUGGCAGACUCGGAAAAUGAGGAGAGUUCUCAAGCUGAUGCAUCAAGUCAUGGUAGCAGAAGCUCCAGUCCUGUCAAAAGUCCUCACAGUCAGUGGAGUGGAAGUCCUGCAGGCAGCCACAGGAGUGGAAGUCCGGCAGGCAGUCACAGGAGUGGAAGUCCUACAGGUAGCCACAGGAGUGGAAGUCCUGCAGGCAGCCACAGGAGUGGAAGUCCUGCAGGCAGCCACAGGAGUGGGAGUCCUGCAGGCAGUCACAGGAGUGGGAGUCCUGCAGGCAGCCACAGGAGUGGGAGUCCUGCAGGCAGUCACAGGAGUGGGAGUCCUGCAGGCAGCCACAGGAGUGGAAGUCCUGCAGGUAGCCACAGGAGUGGGAGUCCUGCAGGCAGCCACAGGAGUGGGAGUCCUGCAGGCAGCCACAGGAGUGGGAGUCCUGCAGGCAGCCACAGGAGUGGAAGUCCUGCAGGCAGCCACAGGAGUGGAAGUCCUGCAGGCAGCCACAGGAGUGGGAGUCCUGCAGGCAGCCACAGGAGUGGAAGUCCUGCAGGCAGUCACAGGAGUGGGAGUCCUGCAGGCAGCCACAGGAGUGGGAGUCCUGCAGGCAGCCACAGGAGUGGAAGUCCUGCAGGCAGUCACAGGAGUGGGAGUCCUGCAGGCAGUCACAGGAGUGGGAGUCCUGCAGGCAGUCACAGGAGUGGGAGUCCUGCAGGCAGUCACAGGAGUGGGAGUCCUGCAGGCAGUCACAGGAGGAGCAGGGCCAGCAGUGUUGCAAGUGGAGCAUCCUCACAUGGUCGUAGAAGAUCACACUCUGGCUCUGACUCGGACGUCCCAAGAAAGAAGUCUCGCAGACAGAUUGGUAGUGAUGAGGAAGAAGACGAUGUUGACCAUGAUGAGCUGGAUGAGAUUGAUCAGGCCGAGAAAGAUGCCCUGCUGAAGGAAGCUGAGAUGGAUCUGACAGAUCUCAAUGCCAUGGAACUCUUCGGUGACGCUGGGGACAUAAGCUCAGACGAAGAGGAUAAAGCUAAACGACAGCAAGGGGAAGGCGAUGAAGACAAUGUGAUUAGACGG